GCCCCAGAUGUUAACCCCUUCCUGCCCAGUUGCCAUUAGUACAGUGUCAGUGUUUUUUUUUUUUUUCACUGAUCACUGUAUUGGUGCCACUGGGGAUGUCAGUGACCCCAAGUCAGUUCCCCCCCAGGGUCAGAAUGUCCGCUGCAGUCCCGCCAUAAGUCGCUGAUCGCCGCCAUUAUUAGUAUAAAAAAAAAUUAAAUAUUCAGUAUAUAUAUUGCCAUUUGUAAAUGCUAUAACUUUCACGUAAACCAAUUAAUUUACACGUAUUUGGAUUUACACGUAUU